AUGUUGGCCGACGACGCGCCGCCCGACGACGCUCGCGGCUCCCCCGGUGCCAAGGGCCUCACCCUGGCCGAGGUCGUCCUCCGAGAUACCCAAUAUAUAUACUCUCUGGUCCUGCUCGUCACCUUCAUUGUGCUCGCGGCUUGGUACUCCGUCUUCAACUCCAAGAAAGAAGAGGAUUCCGUCCAGCCUACCGUCAAGGGCCCCGGCGGCAAGCCCCUUCCCAUCACGAAGCGCAAGCGGCGCAGCGACGGAGACCGUAAGAUUGGUCCUCGUUUUGGCCGGAUCGCCAAGUAUGUCUUCCGCUACCUCGCUGCUGGCAUCUUCCUGAGCUAUGUGGCUACCGGUGUCUGCAUGUUUGUCCACGCCUUCUACCACGAGAACCCUUACGAAUGGGCAAAGGAUGGACUUCCAUGGGCCGGUGAAUGGACUCUGUGCCAUGUUGUCGGCUCUACCUUCUUCUACCUUUAUAUCCUGUUCUCGCUGUUUGACUGGCGCAAGGGACCCAACAUUGUCCACCUGGCCAUCUGGAUCUUGGGCUUCACUGGUGAACUCGUCCUCUUCGUUUCCGAAGCGGUUGUUGCUGCUGAUUGCCACUUUGUCCGCACCGUCCAGCAAGACGAUCCCGACGGAGACGACACCUGCGUUGACUCGUGGACAAAGAUUGACUUGACUCUCUACUUUGUCCGCCUGCUGCACCUUGUCGGCGCAAUUACCCUCUUCUGCGUUGCCUGGAUCCUCAAGUCUCGCCCCGCCGAACACCAGGCCGAGGAAGGACUUGUCAUCUCUGAGACCACGCCUCUGCUAUCUAAUGGACAGCCUCGCUCUAAUGACGCUAGGCAGGCCACAGGCACAGGCUCCGAGGCUAACGGCCGACGGUCUCGUGGUAGAACCAUCUCCAACGCCGCCAAGUCUGCCGUGGCCCCCUACGCUCGCAAGGACGACCAAGCCGCCUUCUAUCGACAGAAGAAGAUCCCCCACAAGACCUGGCUGGAGUACGUCAAGGGCUACUCCCUGUUCUUUCCCUACCUUUGGCCGAAAGACUCUCCGAGGCUACAGCUUCAGGUACUGCUGUGCUUUGUGUUGGUCAUUCUUCAACGGUUGGUCAACGUCUACGUUCCGUGGCAGAUUGGUAAAGUCGUCAACAAGCUCACUGCUGCGCUCAAGAGCGGCGAGCCCAUCACCAGUGGCAACUAUCCGUUCAUGGACUUUGGCAUCCUGGGCGUCCUCUGGGUGCUUCAGGGACAGUCUGGCCUUCUCGGCUCGCUGAGAUCCCUGCUUUGGAUCCCCGUUUCGCAGUACUCGUAUCGGGGGCUGACGGCCGCGGCCUUUAACCACGUCCACUCCCUCAGCCUCGAUUUCCACUUGUCGAAGCGCACUGGCGAGGUCCUCUCUGCACUCAACAAGGGCUCUGCUAUCAACGCCUUUCUCGAGCAGGUGACGUUUCAGGUCAUUCCCAUGCUGUUCGACCUCUUCCUCUCAAUCUCCGUCUUUUACAUCAGCUUCGGUGCCCUGUACGCUCAGCUCAACUUGGUGGACACCUGCUGGUACCUGUACAUGACCAUCAAGAUGGCCGCCACGAGGGCGGAUCAGCGACGAGAGAUGACAAAUGCCGAUCGCGAAGAGGAGGCGGUGAAGAACGACUCUAUUUCUAGUUACGAGACGGUCAAAUACUUCAACGCGGAAGAGUACGAGUCCACCCGGUAUCGGGCCAAGGUCGAGGCCUUCCAAAAGGCCGAGGCACAGGUCCAGCACGGCAUGGUCAUGAUGAACAUCUGCCAGACUUUCGUCUUCAACUUGGGCAGGAUAGUGGCUGCUCUGGUCUGCGGUUACCAAGUUCUCAUAGGAAUGCGAACUACGGGCGACUGGUUCGUUGUCGUGUCUUACCUGACCCAGCUUCAGGGCCCCCUCAACUUCUUUGGCUCGUUUUACCGCACAGUCCAGCAGGCAAUGAUCUCCGGCGAGCGCCUUUUGGAGCUCUUCAAGAUCCAGCCAACCGUCGUCGACUCGCCCAAUGCCGUACCGUUGGAAUACUUUAGUGGACACGUUCGAUGGAAGAACGUGAGCUUUUCCUACGACUCUCGGCGGCCCGCUCUGCGCAACAUCAGCUUCGAGUGCGCCCCGGGCACCACUACGGCCUUUGUCGGCGAGUCCGGCGGUGGCAAGUCCACCCUGUUCCGACACAUGUUCCGUUACUAUGACUGUGACGAGGGCAGCAUCGAAUUCGACGGCAAGAAUGUCAAGGAUCUCACGAUCGACUCGGUCCGCCGCCACAUAGGAGUGGUGCCCCAGGACACGACUCUCUUCAACGAGACCCUCAUGUACAACCUCAAGUAUGCCAACCCUCAGGCCACGGAUAAGGAAGUGUAUAAUGCCUGCAAGGCGGCCAGCAUCCAUGACCGCAUCAUGUCGUUCCCCGAUGGUUACAACACUCAGGUCGGAGAGCGAGGCCUCCGGCUCAGCGGCGGUGAAAAGCAGCGCGUGGCCAUUGCUCGUACCAUUCUCAAGGACCCUAGGGUCAUCAUGUUGGACGAAGCUACCUCGGCACUUGACUCGCACACGGAGCAGGCGAUCCAGAGAAAUGUCUGUAGUAUCGGUAAGGGCCGGACGCUGCUCAUCAUUGCUCAUCGCCUGUCCACCAUUACGCAUGCCGACCAGAUCAUCGUUCUCCACGCCGGUACCAUUGUUGAAAGGGGCAAUCACCAGGAGCUCCUCGCUGCCAGGGGCGUCUACUAUUCCAUGUGGCAGAAGCAGGUCACUGCGGAACGUGCCUUGGAUGCUGCUAGGGAGGCCUCCUUGCAAGCCAAACGGGCCAUGCGUGAAGCGCACAUGGAUGGUAAGAACAAGACCCAGCUUGACGGCUAUGAGAGUCACGGAUCUGCGACCGAACAGGACGGUGCUGCUUCUCAAGGACAAGACGAUGGUGAUGCUCACCCUUCCGCGUCGUCGUCGGACAAUGAAUCCGCCCACGGAGAGGAGCAGGAGCAGCAGGGACAGCAGGAACCGCAGGAACAGGGACAGGGACAGGAGCGCCAGCAGGAGCCGGAGCGGCCUCGCGACCCUCAGUAA